UAACAUCAUGUUAUAUAUGUGGUAUUGAUUGUUGUUUCACUUGUAUUCAAAUUUAAUUUCCUAAAAGAAUGCCAAGCUUGCGGAAAAAGGUUGCUGGUUUUAUGCGACAACUAUCCAUUAGUAAUUUGGCUGGAGCUGUAGAAAAUAUAGGCCAAGGGGAACAAACUUUACGUAGUCCUAGAUCAUUAACUCAAGAUUUUACAAGUGGCUGCUUUAUUACACGAUAUCUUGAUGGCUUAGAAACAAAGCAAGAAGGACCAGCAAUUGUGCAUGGUAGAAAUCCAGAAGAAUUACCAAUAAGGCAGCUUGGAAAUUUUCAGGAAGGUACAGAUGUAUUUGCUGCUCAUACUGGUCCAGAUAAUGGACUUACAGCUGUUAACGUACAACAAAGACAUUUAAGUAUUAAUGAUAUUGAUAUAGACUACAUUGAUAUGUUAGAUCAAGGUGAACAAUAUAGAAAUACAUCAACAACAACUCCUACAAUUGCUGGUAUUGCUGAUUGGUUUAAUCCUCAUGAAAUGGCUUAUGGAAUUGCUACUACAUUAUAUGAAAAAAAUCCUACAAAUAACACAAAUAAUGGGGAACCAAUAGCAGAUUGUUUUGGUAUUGUAGCAAGAUCAAAUUCAGCUAUUUUAGCACUUGCUGAUGGUGUUAAUUGGGUAUGAUAAAAAAUAGGUACCAAAGCAAGUAUUGCAGCCAGAUCUGCAGUACAUGGAAGUAUAGAAUACUUAAAUAAAGCACUUUUCUGCCCUUCAAUUAACGGUGAAAUGACUACAACGAAAGACGUUUUUAUAGCACUACUUCGUUCAUUCCACGCUGCACAUUCGUUAAUUUUGCAAGAACAAGGAAUGCUUACAACAUUAACUGUGUGUGCAGUUCUUCCACUGCCAAAUUCAGAUUCUAAUACAGAACAAAAUAAAUAUAUAGCAUGUACCUGUAACGUUGGUGACAGUUUAGCCUAUGUGUAUCAUAGGAAAACUGGAGUAAGAGAAAUAACAAGAGGAUCUCAUGAUAUACACUGUAUGCGCGAUAUGCGUGAUGCUCUUGGAGCUCUAGGUCCUGUGGAUGGAUCUAAUCCAGAAUUGAAUAACUUAACACUUGCAAUGACAGAAGUUGAAAAAGGAGAUAUUGUAUUUUUGACUAGUGAUGGAAUUUCGGAUAAUUUUGAUCCUGUGGUUGGAAAAUUUGCUAUUUUACCUUGUCACAAUUCUGUACCUGAUUCAAAUGUAAAAAAUCACACUGAUGGAAGGUCUAAAACGCGUCGAAAGUCUGCUGAAAACUUGAGACAUACAGAAUCCGGCAAUAGUAACAGAAAUAAAUCUAGUUUGCCCGUAGUUGAGGCAUAUCAAAGACAUGAGCUCACACUUCUUAGGAUGGAAGAUUUGUUACGAAGGGGAGUAUCUGGAGAAGGUCCACCAUGUAACAGUGCCAAACAUCUUUGUGAACUUCUCUUGGAUUUUGCAGUGCGCAUAACUGCUGCUAAAAGACGAAUAUUGGAAGAUACGGAUUUAUAUUAUGCGCAAAAUAAAGAUGGCCAAUUAAUACAACUUUCCAAACAAGAACAGCGAACUCGACGAAUAAAGACGUUGGAUAAGGUUUCCAUGAUUCCUGGAAAAUUAGAUCAUGCAACAGUUGUAGCAUAUGUAGUUGGAUCUAUUGAUUCGGAAUAUGGUUUAUAA